CCGCCCCAAUCACAACUAGGAAGUAAUACUUUCGCUUCGUCGCCACAGAAAAGAAAUCUGAAUUUUUACCGAUUCAAGGAUAAACGGCACAUUGUUCCAGUCCUGAGAAGCAAAAAAGACAUGCUAUCUAUAAUUCUGGUGUUUUUCAUUGACUUUGGUUCAGAGAUGUCGGAAGCACAUUUGAAUGUUUCGAGUGUGAAUUGCUUCAACGACUAUAAAACAUCAAUGAUCUGCGGCUUUACAUCUGACGAGCCUCUCAACUGCUAUGGAUAUAGCCUAGAAAUUGUGUCACAACAGCAGGAACAUUUCACAUGCGUAUUUGUGAACAACAGCAAAAGAGACUCAAAUCAUCUAUUCAAAUGUGGUUGCACAGCUGAAUUGCCAGAGUUUGUAUGUGUGGAUGAAUACAAUGCAAGCCUAUUGGAAGGAAGGAAAAUCAUAAAUUCAGGAAAGAUCAAAGUAUCACGCAGCAUCAAGCCCCAAGCUCCUGAGAUUUUAUCACUGAUGCAGACAGGUGAUGGAAGCUUCAAAGUCACAUGGAGAACAAAUUAUUCUGAGAAUUCAGGUUUUGGUAAAAACCUGAAAACUCAACUGAGCUACAAAAAGAAAGGAGAAGCAGAUGAGGUUGCCAGUAGUAGCAAUUGUACUGGGACUUUCUGUAUAAUACCUGGCAGUGAAUUGGAACCAAGCAGUGAAUAUGUGAUAAAGGCAAGAUCAUAUUCCACCAAGUACGGAACUGAGUUCAGUGACUGGAGCAAUGAGGUGGAGUGGAUUACCCCUGAAUCAACUGAAAGAGUGUUGAAAAUCAUCAUCCCCAUCCUCUUUGUGCUUCUUAUCAUCAGCAUCUGUGCUUUCUACUGGUGCUGCAAUAAACUCAAGGCUAAGUGGUGGGAUAGAAUUCCCAAUCCCUCAAAUGAUAUAAAAAAGAUGCUUCCAGGAAAUCCCAAGGUAUUUAUCCCUAAACAGUAUGAUCCAUCUUCCAAGAGCAUUGAUAUUCUGAGGAUUUCUGCAGCUGAGGAGAAGUCAUGGGUUACUCCUCUGAUAGAAGAAAGUGGCCAAGAUGAUCCAUAUAAACCAGUCUCCAGCUGCGUUUCAAAAAAAGACAGUGGUAUCAGCUCAUUUGACGGCAGCCAGAAAUGCCUGAGUGAUUCCAAGGGUUCCUGCUGUUCCUCAGAAUCUGGUUACAAAAAUGCCCUUAACUCCAGGAUAUCCUUCACUCCAUUCCAAGGAGCUGUUUCUCAAGACAUACCCAAGAGUGAGAUCCCUUCAUGUCCAGCUCAACCCAAGCCCUGUUGUGACUCUUGCUGUGUCUCUUGCCGUGACUCCAGCAGCAAAGGUGAGAUAUGGAGUCCUCUUGAACACAUACAGAGAAAUCUUGAAGCCCUCCCUUUGUUCUCAAAGGCUCCCAUUACAGUCACAGAGCUUGAGUAUCAGCCAUGUGAUGGUGGAAAAACCAGCACUUCUCCAGCAGAGGGCAUCAGUCUGGCCUCCCCCUUCCAGAUGGACAUCCAGGACACAUUACUUCCAUCAAGAUUAUCAAAUACUUGUAGAGCUGAUGAUGGAUAUGAGAGCUUCAGUGAGACCAUCAGCAAAACGACCAUGGGACAGCAUGAUUUGCCAGCAUGCACCCUGAGCCCCAGUGAAGAGGGUUACCAGGCUCUUCAAAGCACAACACGCAAUAACACAAACUGGCCGUCUGUACUGUAGAGUUGAUAAGUGGAGGGUCGAGAGGAGUUCAGUGGGGACCAAUGGGAGGCCCCACAGUGCCCCAAAAGGGGAAUUCCGGACUCCCAUCUCCUAUGCCUCCCAGUUCAUGCAGAAGCUAAGCCAGGAAAGUCCCUCUCACUUGGCUUUGACUGCUACUUCCAUUAUUCAAACUUUUACUGCCAGUGCGUACCACAGAGUUUAAAUUGUGCAAAUUAUCCUCUACAGACAUUAUAUGCUAUGACAUAUGGGAUCAAUAUCUAGUCUCCCAUCCCAUAAAAUGGUAUGCUUUUGAGCACAAAUAUGCACACUAAAUACCCAUCUAGCUACAGUAUCUAUCUACAGGUGUACCAUAAAACUACAAGCAUUCACACUGCCACAAUAUUUAGGUUGGCUAUCUUUAUAAGUGUUAUACAUGUUUAUUUUUCUAUCUUUCUACCUUCUGAUGCUUUCUUUUAGAGAAUCUGCAAAUUAAUGUAAAUCAGCUGGCUCAUAACAAGGAACAGUGUAACCUGUAAUGCUGAUGGAACAAUUGAGACAGAAUAUACAUGCAAAUAGCUAAAUCAGAACUCUCAGAAAGGAAAGGAACUUCAUCAGAGCUGCAAAUGCUGUGUUAGCUAGCUGGGAAAUACCAACUGAAUACCCUGACUGAACACUAUAAAAGAAAGGGGGGUAUCUUUCAGGAUAGGACAAAUAUGCUAACAGAUUUUAAAAACUCAGAUUAAUUUACUGAUUCAUCAGCUAAAAAGUGUAAAUAUUUUACACUUUGCUGAUAUAAAGUCAUCCUGAGAAAAUCCUUAAAACAACUCAAUUCCUGCUGUUGGUACUCUCAUUGGUUAAUAUGGUUAACUGGUUUACUUCCUCAUACUAAGAGUUAGGGUUAGACUUUUAUUUUGUAUUGUGUCUUAUGUCUGUAAGCACCCUAUUGUGAAAAUUCCAAGAGGCAGAUUAUAGCAGAUAAAAAAGUAGAAGUAGGUGCUGUGUAAAACUUUCAUGUGCCAUUUGCUCUCUGUCUUUGCAUUUUUCAUACGCAUAGAUUAUUUUCAUUUGGUCCACAAUUUACAGUUUCCUGGGAUGGAACACCAGAGCACAAAACAGAACUGUCUAUUGUUCCGUUAAACAGUACCAGAGAUUGUUUGUCAUUCUGCAUUCCUUCCAGGUCUGUUCAAUCUAAGACAUUGAAGCAAAUGAGUGUGUUCUUGUGAUGGAAAUUUAGACCAAGCAGUGCACUGUUAUAAUGUCCAAUGUCAGUCAGUUAUUUUGGUGUCAUUCUCUGUCAUAUACAAAGCUUUAAAAGAAUAAACCACAUUAGAAGUGUAAAUCCUUUGUUGUCCAAAUCUGGAAUAAAAUAAAUGAACAAAUACAAC